AUGAAACUCUCAACAAUCGCUAUUUCUGCCAUUCUGGGCUCUGUGGCCCUCGCAGCUCCUGCUCAGGAGGAGCUUCGGUCUACUGCUAUGCUGAUUCAGCAGUCCGAGGAGUUUCAGCGUCUCAACUAUGACGAAGGCCUUCUUUCCCUGCCCGACCGAGAUGAAUUGCGACUUGUGGAGACCGCCCCAGGUGUCAGAACCUGGAUGACCGAGGCUGAGAAGCUGGUUCUCAAGCGACAGGGUGUCCGGUUCUUUGAUGUGACUGGAGAGGACCAGAUUCGAGCAUCCGAAGAAGUUCCCCCCGUUAACGUUACCUUCCCCGACUCUCCCCAGUACAAGGACAAGGUUGCUCUUCUGCUUGACGAAAUCAACACAGAUAACAUGCGCAGCAACCUUGCCGAGUUCACUGACUUCUUUACCCGAUACUACAAGUCGCAGACCGGGCGUGAGUCCGCCAAGUGGCUGUACAAGCAGGUUAACCAGCUGGCUCACGGAUACAAGGGUGGCAACAAGAAGCCCACUGUGGAGUACUUUGCGCAUCCUUGGGGCCAGCCUAGUAUUAUUGCACGACUAAAGGGCUCUAAAAACCCUGAUACUAUUGUUGUCGUGGGUGCGCACCAGGACUCUACCAAUCUCAUUGCUCCUUCUUUGUUUGCUGCGCCCGGUGCAGAUGACGACGGAUCUGGAACUGUUACCAUUCUCGAGUCUUUCCGAGUUCUCAUGGAGUCCGGUUUUGAGCCCGAGAACACAGUCGAGUUCCACUGGUACUCUGCCGAGGAGGGCGGCCUACUCGGCUCUCAGGAGGUCUACAAGCAGUACUUCACCGAGACCAAGGAUGUGCGAGCCAUGCUCCAACAGGACAUGACAGGUUACGCCCAGGGAAUGACUGAUGCAGGUGUCGACGAACACAUUGGUGUUAUCACCGAUUUUGUCUCGCCAGAUCUGACCGUAUUUGUCAAAUCAGUGAUUGACACUUACUGCGACAUUCCUUACGUUGACACUCAGUGUGGAUACGCAUGCUCCGAUCAUGCCUCUGCUACCAAGUAUGGCUACCCCUCUUCUUUUGUCAUUGAGUCUGGCUUCCAGUACACCUCCAAGUUCAUCCACACCACCAAGGACACUUUGGACCGUCUCUCCUUUGAGCAUAUGAGACAGCACGCCAAGCUGACUAUUGGCUAUGCCUACGAGCUAGCUUUUGCCAAGCUUGAGAAGCAUUAG